AUGAAGAUGCUAACUAAAUUUGAAUCAAAGUCCACCAGGGCAAAGGGUAUUGCUUUUCACCCUUCUAGGCCUUGGGUAUUGGUGGCUUUGUUCUCCUCAACUAUCCAAUUAUGGGAUUAUAGGAUGGGAACCUUACUUCACAGAUUUGAAGAUCACGAAGGUCCUGUUCGUGGGCUAGAUUUCCAUCCAACCCAGCCUAUCUUCGUUUCGGCAGGUGACGACUAUACUAUCAAAGUCUGGUCUUUGGAUACCAACAAAUGUUUAUAUACUUUGACUGGACAUUUGGAUUAUGUACGUACUGUGUUUUUUCAUCGUGAAUUGCCUUGGAUCAUAUCAGCUUCUGAUGACCAGACUAUAAGAAUCUGGAACUGGCAAAAUCGUAAGGAAAUCGCAUGUUUGACCGGUCAUAACCAUUUUGUCAUGUGUGCUCAAUUCCAUCCAACUGAUGACCUGAUCGUUUCCGCCUCCUUGGAUGAAACCAUCAGAAUUUGGGAUAUCUCUGGUUUAAGAAAAAGACAUUCGGCUCCUGGUACCAACUCUUUCGAGGAACAAAUGAAUGCCCAACAAAAUCUUUUGGAUGGUUCUCUUGGUGACUGCGUAGUAAAGUUCAUUCUAGAGGGUCACACAAGAGGUGUCAACUGGGCCUCUUUCCAUCCUACUUUACCAUUGAUUGUGUCCGCCAGUGACGACCGUCAAGUUAAGUUAUGGAGAAUGAGUGCUACGAAAGCUUGGGAAGUGGAUACUUGCAGAGGUCACACCAACAAUGUUGAUAGUGUCAUUUUUCACCCACAUCAAAACUUGAUUAUUUCUGUCGGUGAAGAUAAAACCCUAAGAGUUUGGGAUCUUGACAAGAGAACCCCAGUAAAACAAUUCAAAAGAGAAAACGAUAGAUUUUGGUUAAUCGCAGCUCAUCCUCAUAUUAAUCUAUUUGGUGCCGCACACGAUUCUGGUAUUAUGGUUUUCAAGCUUGAUCGCGAGAGACCAUGCAGCUUCAUUCAUCAAAACCAGUUGUUUUUUGUCAAUGCAGAAAAGCAAAUCCAAAGUUUCAAUUUCCAAAAAAGAGUUGCUUCAUUACCUUACGCCUCAUUGAAGGGAAUUGGUCAACCUUGGGAUGCAUUUAGAAGUAUAUCGUACAACCCCUCUCAACAUUCUAUUUUGGUUAAUGAAGCCAAUGGCAAGUUUGCCCUCGUUAUUUUACCAAAACAACCCGUGGGUGCAGUGGAACCAACUAGUGUCACCCAAGAUACAGGAAAUUUUGCUACGUUUGUCGGUCGUAAUAGAUUUGUUGUUUACAACAAGAAUUCUGAAUCUGUGGAAGUUCGUUCUUUGGAAAAUAAAGUCACCAGAAACAUCAAAGUGGAUGAAACAGUAAGAACUAUUGUUGCUGCAGGCCCCGGAUCUGUGUUGGUCAUACAUCCUAGAGAAGUUAUUCUUUACGAUGUUCAACAGGGUAAAAAAGUAUCUCAACUAGCAGUUAAAAACGUCAAGUACGUAACCUGGUCGCUAGAUGGCCAAUAUGUCGCAUUGAUGAGUAAGCAUACCAUAACUUUAGCUACCAAAAAGUUAGAAUUGAUUAAUUCUAUGCAUGAAACCAUUAGAAUCAAAAGUGCUGCUUGGGAUGAAACUGGUGUAUUAGUGUAUUCAACCUUGAACCAUAUAAGGUACUCACUAUUGAACGGCGAUAGAGGCAUUAUCAAGACUUUGGAAAAAACUUUGUACAUUACAAAGGUCCAAGGGAAGUUAGUUUACUGCUUAAACCGUGACGGUGAAAUUGAAAUCCUAACCAUAGAUCCUACAGAAUACCGCUUCAAAAAGGCCCUGGUCAACAAAAACUUUCCAGAAGUCUUGCGUCUGAUAAAAGACUCUAACUUAGUAGGCCAAAAUAUCAUCUCCUAUUUGCAGAAGUCAGGUUAUCCAGAAAUUGCUUUACAAUUCGUCCAAGAUCCACAUAUCCGUUUUGAUUUAGCCUUGGAGUAUGGUAAUCUAGAUGUUGCCCUAGAUGAAGCAAAGAAACUGAAUGAUUCUGGUACUUGGGAAAGAUUAAACCAAGAAGCCCUAGCGCAAGGUAAUUCCAGUUUGGCUGAAAUGAUUUAUCAAACUCAGCAUUCUUUCGAUAAACUUUCCUUUCUGUAUUUGGUCACUGGUAAUGUUAACAAACUAUCCAAAAUGCAAAAUAUUGCUCAAACCCGUGAAGACUUUGGAAGUAUGUUACUAAACACUUAUUACAACAAUUUAACGAAAGAAAGAUCUGACAUUUUUGCUGGAGCUGGUUCUUUACCAUUAGCUUACGCUGUGGCAAAAGCUAACGGGGAUGAUGCAGCAGCUUCUUCAUAUCUGGAACAAGCGGAGAUUGAUGAGCAGGAUGUCACUUUACCAGACAUUAUCAAUACUUCCAGUUUUGUCCAAAGACCAGUAAUUUCUGAGCCACUUGAAAAAUGGCCACUAAAGGAGGCUGAACUAUCUUAUUUUGAAAAGGCUGUUUUAGGCCAAAUUGAAGAUUUGAAUAUAGAGGAUGAUGUCCCAGAAGAAAGCACCCCUCAAGAGCAAGAAGAACCAUUGGCUGAAGAAAGCUUCGAUAACAUGGACGUUGAUGAAGACGAAGGUGCCUGGGAUUUAGGCGAUGAAGAUUUGGAUGUAGGAGAAGAACUACCGGAGGAAGUUGAACAAGGCGAGAUUUCCUCUUCAGCACAGGAAGCUGAAACUGCUAUCUGGAUCAAAAAUUCUAAGUUACCUGCUGUCUUAAUUGCUGCUGGCGCCUUUGAUGCUGCUGCUCAAGCUUUGAGCAAACAAGUAGGUGUUGUCAAACUAGAACCAUUAAAGAAAUAUUUCACUAACAUCUAUGAGGGUUGUAGAACAUAUAUGCCUAGUACGCCUUGUGAGCUUCCUGCUCAAUUAGGUUAUAUCAGAGCAUAUGAUGAUACGGUAAGUGAAGAUCAAAUUCUUCCAUAUGUUCCAGGUCUUGAUAUCGUUAAUGAGAAAAUGAAUGAAGGCUAUAAAAACUUCAAACUGAACAAACUGGAUGUCGCGAUCGAAUGCUUCAGAGAAGCCAUCUAUCGUAUUACACUGUUAAUGGUUGAUGAUCCUGAAGAUGAGAAAUUAUCUCACAAGAUAUUAGAAACUGCUAGGGAGUAUAUUUUAGGUUUGUCCAUUGAACUGGAACGCCGUUCAUUAAAAGAAGAAAAUACUGUACGUAUGCUUGAAUUGGCUGCAUACUUUACAAAGGCUAAGCUAUCUCCAAUUCAUCGUACCAAUGCCCUGCAAGUGGCGAUGUCUCAACAUUUCAAGCACAAAAAUUUCUUACAAGCUUCAUAUUUCGCAAGUGAAUUCUUAAAGAUAAUUUCUUCUGGUCCUCGUGCCGAGCAAGCCCGUAAAAUCAAAAACAAAGCUGAUUCAAUGGCUAGCGAUGCCAUUCCAAUUGACUUUGAUCCUUACGCUAAGUUCGAUAUUUGUGCAGCCACUUACAAACCAAUUUAUGAAGAUACACCCUCUGUCUCAGAUCCAUUAACUGGUAGUAAGUACGUUAUUACGGAGAAAGAUAAAAUAGAUAGAAUUGCUUUGAUUUCUAAGAUUGGCGCACCUGCGUCUGGAUUAAGAAUACGUGUGUAA